AUGGUACCUUCACACUCGCUUAUUCUUUUCUUGUCAUUCGUUUUAAGCCCUUUCGUUCAGGCUGCUCCUUGGAUUGUGACAGAUGUCUACGAGCAAAGGGUUACUACAGAUUACUACGGCGAGUUGACCACCGAGGUCCAAAAAAUCUCUCCAACUGCAAGUUUGCCAUCUGAGGCCUUGUCCACCAUUACUUCUACGAAUACCGAUUAUGACUACACCAUUGUCCAAAAGUUGUAUCCCACUGGCUAUGGCAAACAGCGAGGCUUAUACGAUGGCUAUCGUAACAAUGUGGAUAGUGAUGGAAACUAUCUCGGCACCCUAUACAAGGUCAACCUAACUUACUCGGCCCCGACAGCCUGCUCUACUCAAUGGACCACCACGACCGGUGUCGAGUUCUACCCUCCCGAUGAGAUCGCCACCUUGCUGCCCAGAGAUAAUAUAGAAACCACGACAAUCGUCGACGACAGUCGGGCAUUCCAGCCCACCACCUACAUCUAUGAGAUAGUGUUCGUGGAGCCCACCCAACUUCCCACAAGCUCUCUAAACUCUCUGAGCUACUACAACGCCCCUACCUCUGUCUACUCAGGUGUUGGAUGCGAGUACACAGGCCGCACAUCUCAUUACGGAUACUCCGACGAUUACAACACUGGCGAAACCGCCUCUGGGUCUGACUCCACCGAUUCAGAUAACAAUUCGAACGACAAUAACUACAAUAACUAUGGCUACUAUGACUACUACGACGACGGCAAUUGGUUCACCAGCGCACGGUGGUCCGGCAUCGGCAUCUCCUACCUCGCACUUACAUUGAUCUGCGUGCUGGGUUGGGUUGGCCUAUUUUUCAUCCUCGGCAUGAUCGAGGCCUGGGUGCGAUUCCGUCGCCUCAUGACGGGCUGGCAGACCCGCCGUGGUCUGCCUCUUUUCUGGGCUUUCAUUUGGCUCCCUCUUUCUCUUUUCUUCCUGUUUUGUUUCCGCAAGGGCUACCGCGCCCGCAGCAAAGAGGACGCCGAGAUUCUCAAGCAAAGAUGGGACGCCAUGGGUUUCUGGACUAAGAUUCGCCUGUUUUUAGCCUGGGGUUUCCGCUUCAAGUACCCAACUGUUUUGGGCCCCGCGCCCGCGCUUGUCAAGACAAGCAAGAGGCCUACCGAGUCUGGUCCGCGCUUGCUAGAUCCCACGGCUGCUGAGAUGUCUCAGGCUCCUGUACCUCAGGCUCAGCCCUAUCCUGCUCCACUGCAAUCUGGUGUACUGCCAGCGGGCCAUGGCGAGGAGACUGGUCCCGUUCGUUAUGCUUGA